AGUAUUAUGCCUGCAAAUCCAUCUCAUUGCCCGAAAUAUCUUUAAUGGAUGAGGAAACGAGACUAUGUAUCUUAUAAAUAUCCUAGUUUCUGAACAGAUAUUGUGCUCAAAGACCACAUAAAUAAAUUAAAUGUCAACAUCAAAAUUAGAUGGAUAUAAAAGUUUUCUAGUCAUGUCUGGCAAAAAAGAAAGAAAAUGAAUGGGAGUAAAAGAAAAAUAUUCCAACUCUCGCCGAAAGGUGGCGAAGAGCAACACCCUACUAUAUUCACAAAGUUAUAUUUUUUCCACCUCUCCUUCAAUGUCUGUUGGUGGACCACUUUUUCGAUUUGAUCUUAGUGCAUAAUAUGCAUAAUCGCAUUAGUUCCGCAAAAUAUGUACUCUUCCCUUGAUGCUGUAAGAUUAUAUUAUGGACUUAAUUAGUCUUAUCGCUUCCUUAUGUGUUGGUUAUCUGUUUUCUAUUUUAUCGUAAUCCUGUCUUGCAGAGCCAUGUCUUGGGUCAUUGCUGUACGAGCUGCUGAUAUCUGUAAUAAAAUUCCUGGAUUAACAAUGCCUCAACGAAUAUUUUGCCAAACUCGCCCCGACAUUGUAGUAGCAAUCGGUGAAGGAACGCGCUUAGGAGUAGCUGAAUGCCAAAGACAAUUUCGUUAUCAUCGAUGGAACUGCUCCACUAUUGGAAGCAAUCAAGUAUUUGGUCACGUUAUAGUUGUUGGUAGCCGUGAAGCUGCGUAUAUGUACAGUGUAACCUCUGCUGGUGUUACAUUCGUAAUCACUCAGUCAUGUAGUAGAGGGAACGUAAGCGAUUGCGGUUGCGACAAAAGCCAGAGCAGUGUGAAGCCUUUGAAUCAUCCAACAGAUUGGAAAUGGGGAGGAUGCAGCGUCGAUGUGAAAUACGGUAUCCGUCUUUCUAGAAAGUUUAUCGACGCUAGAGAAAUGGAAGGAGAUGCAAGGUCUCUCAUGAACUUACACAACAACCAUGCUGGCAGAAAGGCUGUCAAGCACAAUUUAAAAACUGAAUGCAAAUGCCAUGGUGUCUCUGGAUCGUGCACUAUGAAAACUUGUUGGAAAACUCUGCCAGCAUUCGCUCAGAUUGGGGACUAUCUCAUGAAAGCUUACAAACAAUCUAAAAAAGUCGUCCCUCACUGGGGACCUAUGGUCACGCGAACGCCAUCUCAUUUAAAACUAAAGAAAUCCAAACGUGUUCACCGUAAGCCCAGACCGAGAGACUUGGUUUAUUUGGAAAAUUCACCAAAUUAUUGUGAAAAAGACUUGUCUCGUGGUUCAUUAGGGACUGUAGGCAGAGAAUGCAACAGGACAUCCAAAGAUAUAGAUGGCUGUGAUUUAUUAUGUUGUGGCAGAGGUUAUAACACGCACCAGUACAUAAGAACUUGGCAAUGCAAUUGCAAAUUUCAUUGGUGCUGUUAUGUUAAUUGUGAUGUAUGUAGAGAAAGAACAGAGAAUUAUGUUUGUAAAUGAUAUUUAGGUACAGACAUGAAAAGCAUUCCAGAAGAAGUGCCAAUGACCCUGUUUCUCAACAGUGGUUCAAAGUUGUUUGUCAUAGAAAUCGUCAUAUCAGUAUGCCAUAUAUUUGGUAAUGUCAACUUCCAAAUUUAGAUAAUCUAGCUUUUUUUAAUAACCUAUUUCAAUCUUUUUUAAGCAUUUUGGUUUACACUUACCAAACUAAUGUUCCUUUGUUGUAGAAGGUAAGUAUGGAAAGCAGAAAGUGUAGAGCUUUUAUGUUUGAUUUUGAGUUUUAAAAAAAAAUUAGAUUAGUUUUAUUGAAAGAAGUAGUUGUAUGCAAAUGGAGUUUUUAAAAAAUGUUAUUAGAUGACAUGUGUGUAAUAUGGAAUUGAAAUGCAUUUAAAUUUGUUUCAUCUUUCUCAUUAAAGGAAGAAUUAUAUUUGAUAUUUUUUACUUUAUUAUUUACAAUGUGAUCUUAUUUAUAUCAAUGAAAUUAGGUAUUUUUCUAUAGAAACAAUUCAUGUUUUAUAAGUAAUUCUAGUGUAAAAUAAAAUGCAUAUACAAUUUUGUGUUUUUGCAGAAAUAAACAAAACACGCUGAGUAUAAUCUCUUUGAAUAACGUGGAAGUGGAAACAUUUUUCAUGGAUCCCUUUCAAUGAAGUGUGUAAAUAAAAAGAGGUCAUAUGAAAACAGUUCUUCAUAAAUACGAUAUCAAAGAAAAAUAAACAGAAACUCUCCAUUUGUUUUCAGAAUACUAGCCAUUUUUCUCAUUUAUCUUAAUCCCUUGAUUAGAGAUUUAUCAAAAGAAAAAUGGAACAAUUAUAAGAGUUAAACACUAUCGGGAGUUGUAUCUCUAUGAAGCAUUCAUACGAAUGGCAUUUUCUCCUCUUUGAACUGGGCAAUGAUAAAAAUUUCUAUGGUACCAACUAUACACUUCAAGAUGUCAGAGAUACAAUCAACAUCCGCUUACUUUUCUUUCUUUUUUUUCAGAAAACAUAAUAUUGACUUUGCAUUUUAUUUACCUUUGCAAACAAAACGUGAAUUAAGAACUGUAAACUGCUUAAUUUUACUCAUUCAAAAGUUUCUUAACGUAUCAUUGAUUUUCAAACUAAAAUAAUGUAAUGGGCUUGCUUCGCAGAGACUCGCUUUCUGAUACUUCAAAGAAGAAAAGCUUUUUCAUUUUCUCAUCAAAAUAGUGCUCUCUAAUAGAUAUGUUUGUUAAGUCUUGUUGUAAGAACUGGAAUUAAGUAAUAAAGUAAAUGCAUACAAAUUCAUGCUUAUUGUGUA